AUGUCGUCUCUUGACGAUGAAAAAGCUGCUCAGUAUUCGCAAGCAGAGGUACUCAGCUCAGAUUCUUCCGACACGUCUGAGCCGUUAUACGAUCCCGAUGUUGGCAAGUCGGCAGAAGAGCGAGCUCGUCUCGACAAGCAAAUUGUGCGAAAGAUCGAUCUCUGGCUCAUACCAUGGCUUUGCUUGCUUUAUCUGCUGUCGUUCCUAGACAGAACAAACAUCGGGAAUGCACGCCUUGCUGGCCUCGAGGACGAUCUACAUUUCAAGGGCUUCGACUACAACAUCACAUUGAUCAUCUUCUUCAUAUCAUACGCCGGGGCUGAGCCUCUUACGAAUCUGAUACUGAAGCGUCUAUCUCCGCGAGUUUUCUUCACAUCCAUCAUUCUUCUCUGGGGUUUGAUGAUGAUGUGCAUGGGGUUUGUAAAGAACAUGGCAAGCCUGCUCGUUGUUCGCUUUCUACUGGGCCUUGCUGAGGCCGGUCUUUUCCCUGGUGUCAACUACUAUCUGUCCUGCUGGUACAAAAGAUCUGAACUUGGCAUUCGUAUUGCAAUAUUCUUCUCAGCCGCUGCUCUUGCUGGUGCCUUUGGUGGUCUGCUCGCAGCCGCUAUUGCUCAAAUGGCUGGCAUGGGAGGGCUCUCUGGAUGGGCUUGGAUCUUCAUUAUCGAGGGUCUGGCAACCAUUUUCGUGGGCUGCUUCUGCUGGUGGAUGGUGUUUGACUGGCCACAGACCGCUCGCUUCUUGACUGUCGAGGAGCGGCAACGAGUUCUUUGUCGUCUCGCAAAUGACAAACAAGGUAGUGCCGGCACCGAAGACUACCAUAAGCUUCACGUCAUGGCAGCUCUGAAGGACUGGAAGACGUAUUCGUACGCCGUCAUCUCCAUGGGCUUCUUCAUGCCACUGUACUCCUUUUCGCUCUUUCUACCAACAAUUCUAGCCGGGAUGGGCCACACCGGCACUCGUGCUCAACUCCUCACCGUUCCACCAUAUGCCGUCGCCGCUGCCCUCACAGUAGCAGUCGGAUGGUUUGCAGACCGGACACAAUGGCGCGGAUACUGCAAUAUCUGCAUCCCACUGCUUGGCAUCGCCGGCUUCAGUAUGUUGUUGGCAACAUCUGAUCCACACAUCCAAUAUGCUGGAACAUUUCUUGGUGCAAUGGGCAUCUAUCCUUGCGUGCCGAACUCUCUCGCAUGGGUGGCGAACAACAUCGAAGGCACUUACAAACGUGGAGUCGUGAUUGGGAUCGUGGUCGGAUGGGGCAAUCUCAAUGGAAUGGUUUCCUCUUCGAUCUACAACGCAAAGCAAAAGCCACGUUAUCAAACUGGACAUGGAGUCGUGUUGGGUUAUCUGACCUUUUGCCUGCUUGGAGGGUCUUUAUUCACGCAUUUGAUGCUCAGGGCAGAGAACAGACGACGUCGAUCUGGCGCGAGGGAUGGCAUGCUUGCCGGGAAGAGCGCCGAGCAAGUGUGGGCUGCUGGAGAUGAAAGGCCUGACUUUGUCUAUACAUUGUGA